AUCUUUUCCGGGUCGAGAAAUUAGCACACCCAUGAAUGUGAGCUAGCGGGCCCGAAGUCUUCAUUUAAAAAAUCAUCCAAGAGCACAUAAUCGGACAUUUGGAUAAUUCCAGUGCAGAACAUUUCAGUGUAUCGUCCUGUAACCACAUGACACAGCGAUGCCGGGGCUCAGCUGUCGAUUUUACCAGCACCGGUUCCCAGAGGUGGAGGAUGUUGUAAUGGUGAACGUGAGGUCCAUCGCCGAGAUGGGCGCCUACGUCAGCCUUUUGGAGUACAACAACAUCGAGGGCAUGAUCCUCCUGAGCGAGCUGUCACGUCGACGUAUCCGCUCCAUCAACAAGCUCAUCCGCAUAGGCCGCAACGAGUGCGUGGUCGUCAUCCGAGUAGACAAAGAGAAGGGAUACAUCGAUUUAUCGAAAAGAAGAGUUUCACCAGAGGAGGCCAUCAAGUGUGAAGACAAAUUCACCAAAUCUAAAACCGUGUACAGCAUCCUGCGACACGUGGCAGAGGUGCUGGAUUACAGUAAGGACGAGCAGCUAGAGAGCCUGUACCAGCGUACCGCCUGGGUCUUCGAUGAGAAAUACAAGCGGCCCGGAUACGGAGCCUAUGAUGUCUUCAAACAGGCUGUAUCAGAUCCCGCCAUUCUGGAUGGUUUGGACCUAACAGAGGAGGAGAGGAACGUGCUGAUCGAUAACAUCAACAGGCGACUCACUCCACAGGCUGUCAAAAUCAGAGCAGACAUCGAAGUGGCAUGCUAUGGGUAUGAGGGCAUCGAUGCAGUGAAGGAGGCUCUCAGGGCCGGACUCGGCUGCUCCACAGAGGCCAUGCCCAUCAAGAUCAACCUGAUCGCUCCCCCUCGCUACGUGAUGACCACGACCACUCUGGAGCGCACAGAGGGCCUGUCUGUCCUCAACCAGGCCAUGGCUGCCAUCAAGGAGAAGAUUGAGGAGAAGAGAGGCGUCUUUAACAUCCAGAUGGAGCCGAAGGUGGUGACAGACACAGAUGAGACGGAGCUCGCCCGGCAGUUGGAGAGGCUAGAGAGGGAGAACGCAGAGGUGGACGGAGACGACGACGCAGAGGAGAUGGAGGCCAAGGCAGAGGACUAGAUCCAGUCCUCGAAGGAAGGAAGGAAGGCUGGUGGGGAAAAAACAUCGAGGAAGACAUGUGGACUGACCUGGUCACAGUCAGUCAGUCCAGCAGAUGUUAACUUUCACAUUGCAAACAUUAACUGGCGUUAAUAGUUCAUUGGCAAGCGUCCCAGUUUGUUCAUUAGCAAGGUUUGUUUCAGGAGAAGCCAUCAGCUGUCUCCUUAUCCAGACACGGACACAAGGAGAGUUAAAUUACAAUUACACAUCAGCAUAGUUUCUAUUUUUAAGUACAUCGAUUUGAUUAAACAAUAACUCUAUUUAAAAAAAAACAGUUUACAAGCAGUGGCCUUCACUUACCUCUUGCUUUAAGAGCAGAGUGUCUUCAGUAUCAAUGGCGCUUCAUCUCUGGCUGGUCACUGGAUGUGAUUGAUUGAAGGGGAAGCGCAUCAGCUCGUCUGUCUCGACACCGGUCAGCGGUGACUUUAUGUGCUGUUUUCUCUUCCAGUUUGAGGGUUUUUACUGGCAAGACCUGCUCAGCUCACAUGGCAUCAAUAAAGUUCUGGAAGUUUUGAUCUCAA